GCUACUAGCACUACAGAAACUGAAGGUAAAAUAAUUACUACUACAACUACAGCAACUGAAGGUAAAAUAACUACAUCUACAACUACAGAAACUGAAGGUAAAAUAACUAACAUCUACAACUACAGAAACUAAAAGGUAAAAUAACUACUUCUACAACUACAGAAACUGGAGGUAAAAUAACUACUUCCAACUACAGAAACUGAAUUUAAAAUAACUACUUCAACAACUACAGAAACUGAUAGUAAAAUAACUACUUCUACAACUACAGAAACUGAAGGUAAAAUGACUACUACUACAUCUAUUGAAACUAAAGGUAAAAUAACUACUACUAACACGACAGAAACUGAAGCUAAAAUAACCACUACUACAACUACGGAAGCUGAAGGUAAAAUAACUACUACUACCAAUAUAGAAACUGAAUGUAAAAUGACUACUACUACCAAUAUAAAAACUGAAUAUAAAAUAACUACUACUACAACUACAGAAACUGAAGGUAAAAUAACUACUUCUACAACUACAGAAACUGAAGGUAAAAUAACUACUACUACAACUACAUCAACUAAAAGUAGACUAACUUCUACUACAACUACAGGAACUGAAGGUAAAAUAACUAUUUUUACAACCACAGCAACUGAAAGUAAAAUAACUACUUCUACGACUACAAAAACUGAAUGUAAAAUAACUACUUCUACAACUACAGAAAGUGAAUGUAGAAUAACUACUUCUACAACGACAGAAACUGAAGGUAAAAUAACUACUACUACAACUACAGAACCUGAAGGUAAAAUAACUACUUCUACAACUACAGAAACUGAAGGUAAAAUAACUACUACUACAACUACAGAAACUCAAGGUAAAAUAACUACUACUACAAUUACAGAAACUGAAGGUAAAAUAACUACUUUUACAACUACAGCUACUGAAAGUAAAAUAACUAUUUCUACGACUACAGAAACUGAAUGUAAAAUAACUAUUACUACAACUACAGAAACUGAAUGUGAAAUAACUACUUCUACAACUACAGAAAGUGAAUGUAAAAUAACUACUUCUACUACGACAGAAACUGAAGGUAAAAUAACUACUACUACAACUACAGAAAUUGAAUGUAAAAUAACUACUACUAACACUACAAAAACUGAAGGUAAAAUAACUACUUCUACAACUACAGAAACUGAAGGUAAAAUAACUACUUCUACAACUACAGAAACUGAAAGNACCCUUAUGCAAGUAGAUAUGAAAGGCUUCAGAGGUUUCUCCGCCUCGGUCAACGGUAGGCCAAAUUUUUUAAAUCGUGGGUUCAGGAGUUCUAACGUUUCAUAUAAGAAUACAGAUUUAAUUUUUCUAGAAAACACUGAAACAACUACCCCUGCAGAGUGUAGUUGCUUCUGUAGCAAAACAAGUAAAAGUGUAAGUUUUGCCUGGUCCCCAACUGGGAACUGCUGGUGCAAGAAUACAAUUCCAACAAAAAGUAGAAAUGAUCAACGAAUCUCAGGAAUAUUUAACUGUUCCUCAACCCAUGUCAAUGUUCCAGCAAUCACACAAAAUGAUUGUCCUGGAGAAGCUUAUUGUAAGGAAGAGGGAGUAGAUUUUGAUGGGAGUACUAUUGUAGAAGUUGGUGAAAUUCAAACAUUUGAGCUUUGUGGAUGUCAAUGUACUCGUGUCAGUGCCUGCACACACUUUGUCUGGGAUGGCAAUGAAGCUUGCAUCCUGAAAAAGGAUUUAGGAAAAAACAAAAUUUUUAAAGUUCCAAAUGGUAUUUCUGGACGCAUCAAGGGGGAUUGCAGUUUUUCAACAACAACAACAAUAGGUGAUUGUAUACAGACAGAGUGCUAUUUGCUAGGCUUUAACAUAGUUGGAUAUGAUAUAGGCUGGACUGAUAACAUAUCUUCUCCUGAGGAUUGUAGUUGCUUUUGCACCAAAAUCAGUGGAAGUUUGAGUUUCACAUGGAAUACGUUAAGCACUAAGUGCUUUUGCAAACAUUCAGUUCCAACAACAUUUGGCAUCUUGAACAUUGCUAUCUCAGGGAUUUACAACUGUGACUCUGCUGAAACCAAUGUUAUCCUACCCAAACAUAAAGAUUGUGUUGAAGAUAAGUACUGUCGUGAAGAUGGAGUUGAAUAUGGAGGGAGUAGUGUUGUAGAAGUUUCUGGAAUUGAGAGUUUUGAGGUUUGCGGAUGUCAAUGCAGUCAUGUCAGGACCUGCACUAAUUUUUUCUGGACAAGCAACAAAUGUUUUUUGAAAAAAGACAAAAUCAUGGAUACCAAACAAGCUGUUGAUGGUAUUUCUGGACACAUUAAAAGUAAUUCCCCUUGUACAAUAACAACAACAACAACAACAACAGCAACAACAACAACAGAAACAACAACAUCAACAACAACAACAACAAUUACAACAACAGAAACAACAGUUUGA